AUACCCUUUCUGGAGCCACAACUGCCAGAUGCUUCCAAACUAGCAUUUUGAGAUGUCUGGCUAUGCCCUGGGCCAGUAUGAAGUUUCAAGGUAUUUGUGUCAUCUUAUUCUUUCUUUGCAAAUAUUGGCUUAGCACUGGUUUUAUUGGAAAAUGGUCAUUCCCAAAAUGAGGCAAAUUAGAUGUCUUGAAAACAAGCCUAUUGAGGGUUCCUUUCCCAUUGGUUGCUGCCUCCAUCCUUACACUGUUUUUAUCCUAUGCUCAGCAGGAGAUGCAGUUCCAUACAGUAGAACUGGCCAAGACCUGAGCUUAUUUCUGCAAAUGCCACUGCCUCUGUAGGCUCAGGCAUAUCACUUGCCUUAUGUCUCUGUCUUUUUAAAGGACAAUCAUACAGAGUGAAACACUUGUAAAAUUAAUGACCCAUAGUCUUAUUUUACUAAUGUCUGUAGUGGACUUUGACAGAGAUCAGAAAGGUGCACUUUUUGCCAUAGUUAUUAUUAAUAUUGAACUCUCAAGUAACAAUUCUGAGGAAAUAAAUUGCACUAUUUUGUUUCCCUUUGCUGUAUCUCAAAACAUACUCUGAUGCUUUCCUGCUCCUUGGAAGCUGCCAGUUAUUAUAUCUCAUGCAAUUGCAGACUAGAAAUAACACAAAAAGGGGGAAACCAUGUGGUGGCAAAUCAGUCAGUGAGCUCUUGCGUUCUAAGGGCCAUGGCUGUCACAUCAGACUCCUUCUAAGACAAUUUCCUUUUAAUCUGUGUACCCACAAAGUAAUUCUCAGAGACAGGUACGGAACAGGUCCUGGCUAUGUUCAAUUGUUCCCAUCAUACCUUGGCUUUUCCUUUUCUCCAAAGCCCCCAGUUUUACCUAUUACUUCCUUAACCCCCUUUUCCUUACUUCAGGCUCAUGGAUCUUCCCUUGUCUCCUCUCUCAAUCUCUCUGAACUCUCCCAGGUCUUAGCACCCAGCCAGUUCCUCAUCACAGUCCCUCUGCGUGGCCUGACUGGGUACAGGGAAUGCCAGGUACGGCACUGGCGUUAUUACACCGUAAAUGGAGCCAAGCUCCUCUCCUCCGUGCGGGACCCUGAGGAAUUGCAUCAAUGGCUAGAGGUGGAGCAGUUCUCAAAAAGCCUUCAGCAGUGGCAUGAAGAGGAUGUGAACAUCGAAGGUGAUCUGGUUCCAGCCAAAGUCCUUAUCGUCUUCCGGGAGCUGGUGGAGAAGUCGAUUAUCUCCUGUAACCUCUCCAGUAAAGUGACGGUGCUGGAGAGCUUCAGCUCAGUGGUCCGGGUGGCUGUGGAGACAUCAGAAUCCCAGGUUGAGGUGGAGCUGGUCCCUGCUGUGGAGAUUCCAACUUGCUGGCCCGAGAAGGCCCGGUGGCCUCGUUGCCUCAAGCGUUGGCCUUCUCAGGAAAAAGUGCGGUGCAUCAAGUCACUGGGUUUCGACCUUUUGGCCCGCUCCAAUUAUCACUGGCAGCUGUGCUUCUCCCGUGCUGAGCACAUACUCAUGGAAGGACUUGAUGAAGAUGGUGGUUGUCGCAUGAAGUGCUUCAGGGUCAUGAGGCAGAUGAAGGAGGAUGUCUGGUGUGCUAGAAAUAAGCCUGUCAUCACAGCUUAUCACCUUCAGACAGUGCUAUUCUGGACGUGUGAAAAAUACCCACGCACCAAGGAUUGGCGCUGCUUCCCUGAAGCCUUUCUGAGGCUGGUACAGAAGUUGCACAAGUGUGUAAGCCAGCACUUCCUCAAGCAUUACUUUCUCAAGAACACCAAUCUGCUCAAAUAUGCCAACACCAGUGACCUGGACCUGGUGGCCAGCAAGCUUGCAGUCUUCUUGGAGAACCCAGUCUUCUGCCUGGACUGAGGCAGGCAAAGGUCUCCUCACCCCAACCCUGAGCCAAUCCCCCACCUCCUCUCCCCACCUGCAGUUGUUCUUCAUGUCCUUCCAGUAGAUGUUGCAGCUGGCUUUGUAAGACAGUUGGCACAUGCAGCAUGAAAGAGAAGUGUCAAGCUGGCAGCAGUGGGCGGUGAAAACUGAUGGAAGGUAUCGCUUGAUGCCCAGCUGAUCUAAUUUGCUUUCAACUGUGACAGCCUGCCUGGAAGCUACAGCCAGUGAAACCCAACUUCGUGUCAGUCAGAACAGGCAACUGCCUUGUUCUCUGACUCUAGUCUUGUGGCACUUAAGCAGAAAGCAGUGCAAAGGAGUCUCGCUCUGCUGCCUAUCGCCUCUCUAAUUUAGCACGUGUAUUGUUGCUGCAAUUGCCUUCCUCACAAGGACAGCGGGUUUAAUUGCCUGCUUGCCUCACAGGCCAGCGCUGCAGAAGAACACAGGAACAUUUCUGAGGUGUCCAAAGCUGGAAGCUUUCUUGGAGGCACUUUGAAGUCUCCAUCUCCAAUUCAAUGGGACCCUGCUCCAGUAAGAAGACAACCAUGCUGCUAGUGUUGAAUAGCUCAACAAAAGCAAGAGGAGGAACAGUGGGGGUUUGCCUCCUCUUCAUUUUUCUCUCCUGCACUUAUAUUUUUCUUCCAGUUGCUUCAAAUAUGUUUUCUUCUUGUUUGUCUUGCCAGUUGUGUUAGUGCCAUACAACCACGAGGCUUUGCCAGAGCAGAUUUCACUCCCAUUCCUGACUCUAUCCAGCAGGCUGGAGGAGGAGCAGGUCUUUCCCUAGUUUUUAGCACCCAUGUAUUUUUUGGGUGCCGUACAGAAGGAGAAUAUUUUUCAAAGGCUGUUAGCUCCAACUCCCCCCCCCCCCCAGUGCUUUUAAUAUUAUGGAUGUUUAGAAAGAAAAUCAAUUUAAAUCUUUCAAAAGAACAGAGUUGUAGAAUGAGUGUAAAGAAUGCUGGUUUUAAUGUUAUUAAAUCAGUGAAACUAAACCAAA